AUGGCUGCAAUUAGUGAUAUAGAAAACAGAUGUAUGGACACACCUGGUGCUUCCCAAGAGAACAGACAAGUCAUCUCUAGAAAUGUGUCCACUCCUGUCUUUGGAAACAUCGAGGUUGAGAGCACUGUGGCAUUGUCUAAUAAACAGGAUCAUAAAACCACUGUAGAAUGCGUAGCUUACAAUGAAGCUGGACAAAGUUUUGCCGUCUUCAGGAAUAACAUUGAAGAAAGGACUCAUGCCCUUUUUACCCCAUUGCUGAUUGGUUUCGUAGCAGCGGCUGUUUUGCUGUCUAUCAUUGUAUCAGUUAUCUCCUACAUGUGUCAGCAGAAACCCAAGUACCAGGUUCAGUGGAGGGUGACUGAGGAGAUAGAUGGAAAUAACCAUGCUUAUGUUGCCCCUGCUCAUCUGCCGUGUGACUACAGCUGGGAGUUUCCAAGAGGCAGGCUGCGCUUUGGUAAAACGCUUGGUUCUGGAGAAUUUGGCAAAGUUGUUGAAGCUGCUGCUUAUGGGCUGUCAGAAAAUGUUCCAGUCAUCACAGUGGCUGUUAAAAUGCUCAAACCAAGUGCACAUUCUACUGAAAAAGAAGCCUUGAUGUCAGAACUUAAAAUACUCAGUUACCUUGGUCAGCACGUGAAUAUUGUUAACCUGCUAGGAACUUGUACAAUACGAGGUCCUACUCUUCUUAUUGUGGAGUACUGUUGUCAUGGUGACCUUCAGAACUUUCUGAAAAGGAAACAAAGAUCAUUUGCUUGUUCCAAACCUGGGACAGACAGCAGGAACACAGCUGUUUAUAUGAAUCUUGCAUCCCAGAAAGAAACAACCAGUAAUGGCUUGGAUAAAUACAUGGAGAUGAAGCCAGCUCCUCCUGGACUUUCUCUUCCGACUUCUAAUAAGGCAAAAAGACGUUCACAAAGGCAAGCAUCUUGGAAUGAUGACGACAUUCGCACACAUCUUUUCGAGGAUGACUCAAUUGCUUUGUCUGUAGAAGAUCUUUUAAGUUUUUCUUACCAAGUUGCCCAAGGCAUGAACUUCCUUGCUUCUCGAAAUUGCAUUCAUCGAGAUUUGGCGGCUCGGAACAUUCUUCUUACCCAUGGACUUGUAGCCAAAAUAUCUGACUUUGGCCUUGCUAGGGACAUGAAAAAUGACUCCAACUAUGUUGUGAAAGGGAACGCUCGUCUUCCUGUGAAGUGGAUGGCACCAGAGAGCAUAUUUGACUCUGUGUACACAUUUGAGAGUGACGUCUGGUCCUAUGGGAUACUGCUGUGGGAAAUAUUCUCAUUAGGAAUCAGUCCUUAUCCUGGAAUGCCAUUGGACUCCAAGUUUUAUAAGAUGAUAAAGGAUGGAUGCCAGAUGUGCAGCCCUGAUUUUGCACCCCCUGGAAUGUAUGAAAUAAUGAAAGCUUGUUGGGACUUGGUUCCUUCAGCGAGGCCUUCAUUUAGAGAGAUUGUGAAGACGGUGGAAAGACAGCUUUCAGAGAGCACAAAGCAUACUAUAAACCUUGCAAACGAGUUUGCCAACAGUGAGCUGACUUUGGCACGUCGUUCUCUGCACCUAGAUUCUGUGGUUGGCGACACUGGGUCUAUGCAGCCAGUUAUGGUACAUGAAGACGUGUUCUAGGAUGAUGAACAGAGUCCAAGGAAACAUCAUGUCUAGAAAAAAGUGCCCUUCUCUAGCUCCAUUAUAGGCACCAGCUUUCUCCUUUUAGAAGGAAAAUGCCAACAGCAUGCAAUGGUUGUACCUGCCGCUUGAAACAUUAGGCCAACAGCAUACAGUGGUUGUACCUGCCGCUUGAAACAUUAGGCCAACAGCAUGCAAUGGUCGUACCUGCCGCUUGAAACAGUAGGCCAAGAGCAUACAGUGGUCGUACCUGCCGCUUGAAACAUUAGGCCAACAGCAUGCAAUGGUCGUACCUGCUGCUUGAAACAUUAGGCCAACAGCAUGCAAUGGUUGUACCUGCCGCUUGAAACAUUAGGCCAACAGCAUGCAGUGGUCGUACCUGCCGCUUGAAACAUUAGGCCAACAGCAUGCAGUGGUCGUACCUGCCGCUUGAAACAUUAGGCCAACAGCAUGCAGUGGUCGUACCUGCCGCUUGAAAGAUUAGGCCAACAGCAUGCAAUGGUCAUACCUGCCGCUUGAAACAUUAGGCCUAUCCCGCAGAGAUUCAGCACUUGCAUUAAUGUAGACAAAGUGGAAACUGAACUUGUCAUCAGUAUUUUUGUUUGAUUUCAUGAAGUGCUGUUCAAAAAUGUUUUGCUGAUUAUGUUCUCAGCCGAAAAGAGGUUCAUUUUUAUAAUGACUGAGUGUGAUUUUAUGCGCAGUAUUUUUGUAUUAAUAUUUUCCUUGAAAAAUGAUUCGUAUGAACAGAGAGAUGCAGCUGCAGGCAUUUCUGCAGCUGUUAAGAGACUAACCGAAUAAACGUAGUUCAUGUUUAGAGACAAAUGAAAAAAAGUGUGCCCUGGAUAACAUGAAGUUUAGAUUUACUGAAUCUCCCCAACACUGGCAGACUUUGUAGGACAAAAUGAUUUAAGUAGAGACUGCAUUUUUUAGUCUGCUGUGAAUUACAGAACUGCAAACGUGUCCUUUGCAGUUUGUCAUAGGAUUCAAAUCAUGUGGCAGUUUUUGUAUUACGUGGCACUUUUUGAACAACUGCUGCUGUUGCAUUUCAAUAGAGUGCUUUAAAACACAGUGGACUGUGACCUGGUGCUUCAGAUCGGUACUCUGGUGUAUGUAAAAGAAUGUUGUUUCCUUCCUUUGUUAUUUCAAACAUCUCAGGCUGCAUUUUUUGCAGUUGUAUAUCAGCUGCUUGUAGCAUGUAUAGUGUAUAUCAGUUGCUUGUAGCAUGUAUAGUGCUUUAAGCUGGUUCUGAUGCAGUUCAUAGUAGCAUUUUCAGAAGUAUUUAGUGCUUUAAACAGGUUGUGAUAUGACACUGGGACUGAAAUUGUAUAGCUAGCGAUUUAGCAAUUCUUUACUGUCUGUCAUUUGUUAACAUACUUAACCAGGGCAUGAGGAUACCACAGUGAGACUGAAGUGCUGUUAUUUUGUAAGGUCUGUACUGAAGAUCCUUUCUUACAGCCUGCAGGCUCGGACAUGAUGCAUGUCUUAUGGCAGGUUGCACCUUUAGUGUACAUUAUCAGGUACUUAAAAAUGUGCAUUAUAAGCCACCUAGUGAGACACUGAAAUGUUCUGCACACUUAGUUUUCAAGAUGCUGCCUUAUACUGUAUAUAUUAUAACUGCAGUAUCAUUUCCUUUGUUUGCUUAUAAGAACUCAUUUUCCAAAAAUCCCUGCUGUAUACAUGAUAGCUUAAUAUGUUAUGUCUCCAUCUUAGCAAUAUUUAUUGUUAUCAUUUUUGUAUGUUAUACUGUUUAUUGUUAUAAUUGUUGUAUGUUAUA